AUGCCAAGCCGGAGAGAGCUAGUACGACAACUACAUGAACGCAUGAGCGGACAUAUGGCCAUGGUCACAGGCAUCAUCGGUCAUUUCUGGAAAGCUGGUCAUCUCCAUAGGAUGAUCAUCGACUUCUGUCGCAUAGAAGGGCGACACACCGGACGGAACCUGGCGAAUCAGAUCCGCUCGACCAUUGAUGAAGAGGAGCCUGGGUCCAGUCAAGGAACGGAGAUCAGCCUCACUGAAGAGGAUUGCGAUUUCGAGGAUCUCCGUGGAGAUCCUGACUCGGGAUCUGAGGCUGAAGAGGAUAUUGAUGAGAGCGGGGAUCAAGCAUGGUCUGAUCGCCGCUAG